AUGCGGUGGUGCCUUGCCCUUCUGGUGUUCUGCUUCCUGGCCGUCGCAAAUGCGUUGAGCAGUUCGGGGAAUCGCCUCGCAGUGAUUCUGGAGGAUGCUGCAGACAAGGAGCUAUAUUCCACCUUCUGGGGUGAUCUCCAAGCCCGCGGCUACAACAUCUUCUUUGAGUCUCCCAAGAACGAGCGCUUCUCCCUGUUCGAGUAUGGCGAGCGAGCAUACGACCACCUCCUCAUUCUCCCUCCCCGGUCCAAGGGUUUCGGGCCUUCGUUGACCCCCCAGAAGAUCGUCGAAUUCAUGAACAAGGACGGCAACGUCCUUCUCGCUCUCUCCGGAAAGUCCGCCACGCCUAGCGCCAUCAGCUCGCUUCUUCUGGAGCUGGAUUUCCAUCUCUCUGCCGACCGUUCCUCCAUCGCUGUCGAUCACUUCAACUACGAUGUUUUGUCCGCCCCCGAAAAGCACGACGUCCUGCUUCUCCAGCGUCCCGGUCAAUUGCGGCCGGACACCAAGGCCUUCUUCGCCGGCGAAGGUGUUGUCGCAUUCCCUAGGGCUUCUCCCCACACCCUGGGCGAUUCCAGCCAGCUCGUCGCUCCCAUCCUGCGCGCCCCGAUCACUGCCUACAGCUACAACCCCAAGGAGGACGCGCCGACGGUUGAGGAUGUCCAGGCCACUGGCUCUCAAUUGGCGCUCGUCUCCGCCAUGCAGGCCCGCAACUCCGCUCGCUUUACUCUGUUGGGCUCUGCGGACAGUCUCCAGGACAAGUGGUUCUCUGCGACUGUCAAGGCCCCUGGCAGUGGAAAGGAAACCAAGACUGCCAACCAGGACUUUGCCAAACAGCUGACCGCCUGGACUUUCAAGGAAACUGGAGUCCUCAAGGUUGGUAAGGUUGAACACCACCUGGCCAAGGAUGGGGAGGUUACGGCCGAUGAGCUGAACCCUAGUCUCUACCGUAUCAAGAACGAGACCGUCUUCGAUAUCGAGGUCUCUGAAUAUAACUACGACUCGUUCGUGCCGUUCGAGGUCCCCACGAACGACGCUCUUCAGCUUGAAUUCACCAUGCUCUCGCCCUUCCACCGUCUCGAUCUCCAGCCCUCCCGCCGAACGGAGAACAGCACCAUCUACAGUGCCCGCUUCGUCGUUCCCGACCAGCAUGGAAUCUUCUCGUUCCGCGUCAACUACAAGCGCCCCUUCUUCACCAACAUCGAAGAGAAGCACGAGGUGACCGUGCGCCACUACGCCCACGACGAGUACCCCCGCAGCUGGGAGAUCAGCGGAGGAUGGGUGUGGAUUGCGGGCCUAUGGUCCGUUAUCGGCGGCUUCCUCGCCUUUGUGGUUGUGUGGCUCUACUCGGCCCCUACUCCGACUGCUGCGCAAUCGUCUAAGAAGACGCAGUAA